AUGGAUUCUGAAAAUCGUGUUAUUCUAAAUGUUGGCGGUAUUCGUCAUGAAACUUAUAAAGCUACAUUGAAAAAGAUACCAGCAACACGUUUAUCUAAAUUAACUGAAGCAUUAGCUAAUUAUGAUCCUGUAUUAAAUGAAUAUUUUUAUGAUCGUCAUCCAGGUGUAUUUUCACAAAUAUUAAAUUAUUAUCGUACUGGUAAACUUCAUUAUCCUGUUGAUGUAUGUGGACCAUUAUUUGAAGAAGAAUUAGAAUUUUGGGGUUUAGAUGCUAAUCAGGUAUGA